UUAAAGGCGGCAGGGGGUGGGGGGGGGGAGCGGAGGAACUUUUCUCCGGGCUCUGAUUGCAAAUGUGAAUUUGUGUAAGUCGUUGCCGGAGUGGAAAGAGUGUUCUGCCUGAAAAGAGGUAAUGAGGCGGUCGACCAGUGCUGCACCCAUAUUUAAACUUUUACUACCGCCGUUUGUCAAUAUUAAGUUUGGGAUGUUCUAGGUUUAAUUAGCUUUCGAGCAUAUCUAAUUGCUUUCAUUUUAUUAAUUUAGAACUGACGUGACAUAUAACUUUUUUAUUCAAAUUUAUUGCCUACGUAAUUAAGUUACUUGGUACCAAUGGUACCCAUUCGACUUAUUUUAAUGACGCGUAAUGAUAGUGCAACCGUGUUACCAAGUUUAGAAACUGCCUGUACCACCGGCGAACUGUCAAAAUGUAGUAAAAAUAGGUAAAGUAGGUAAAAAUAGGAUAUAUGCUAACUAUUUUUCGACUAGUCGGCAGUACCCUUCGUAAUCAUUUUUUUUUUUUGCUUCGCUUUCGGUCGGAUUUUGCAUAUAUGAGUAUUUUUUAUUUAUGAUACAUUAUGCCAUUUUACAGGCUUUUAAGUAUUUAGUUCCACCUGUCCAGUUAUCUGUCUGUGUGGACACAUGUAGUCAAAUCUUGCAAGGUAAAUUUGACCCGCUUCCCGGUUUCCAAUGACAGGUUGAUGGUGGAUGAUGGACACAGGAGGUAGCCAUUGGAACUCUGAUAAAACAACGCAACCCAUUGACAUAUAUAUCUAAGGACGGGCCUUACGGGCACUAAGAAUGAUGCUAGUCCAAUGGUGUCACUCACGAAUUCGAGCCAAGCGUACAGCAGUCUAAUGGAACUAGUUGCUACCAAUCGCGCGCGUGAUGCUAACUCAUCUACCUAUCACGUUGCGGCGUUAGACUGCGCGAUUGGCUCGAAUUCGUGUACAUGACACCGCUGUACUGGCCUCAUUCUUAUUGUCCGUAAGGCCCGUUCUUAGAUAUGUCAAUGACGCAACCUAAUUGUGUUUGGGUUGUUAGAAUAGUCUUAUGAGUAUUAGUUGCCAGUGGAAAGAAAACUACAGUCAGCGUAAAAGCUUGCAUCAAAUAUGUUUUUUUUACCCAAAACUUUUUUACUUUAUAAGCAUACAUGUGCUAUCUCAGCACCAGAGCUAAAUUGAAGUAUAUAUUUAUGCAUUUGCUCAGUAAAAAUCCUCUAUUACUGUAAAGGGGUUCGAUAUCAUGUCAUGUCUAAUAUCGAGCCUCGUAAGGUAAUACCGAAACAUUAAUAAUGAACAUCACUUUAAUGCUCUUGGUCUGAGUUAGCACACGUAUGUUUAUAUUGUUUGUAAGAGCUAUAAAUAAGUGUAUGAACAAUUUUAUUACAGAAAAAGUGCGGACUAUUAACUGUUUACUUUAGACGCAUGAUUUAUAGGAACACUAAUUGCAUUGUAUCAGUUAGACAAUGCAAACUUGAUUUGUUCCCUAGUUGUGCAUUUUAUCGUAUUACCCAAGCUUCUUUAUAUAAAUUUACAUUAAAAAUAAAUAGUAGGUAUAUAAACAGCUCAUAGUCUUCAUAUACAUCUCUGUUUUGGCCCGAUUGAAUGCUCACCCUGCAUAUACCUACUUAAUAUGCGUAUUAAUAUCCAGUAAAAACAAGAUCAUAUCGCACUUAGUUUUUACGCUAAAAAUACAGCUACAAACCAUUUCAAUUAAUUUGCAACUACAAGGUGAACAACUUAUAAAUAGGGUCUGAAUAUUUAUAAGUUUGCGAUAGGAACAAUUAUGCAUAAUUGAAUCAUUUUAGUGUGAGUUAUUCGCAUUGCGAGUUAUGAAGAAAUUAUUACUUCAUUAUCUUAUGAUUAUUUAUUGAUUGUUCGAUGUUUUAAAUUUGUAUGCGAUGUAGAACCUUACCGUGAGUACAUUUAUAGUAUUUUACAGUACAUAUGGUGCUACUUUACCGCACUAGUGCGCAAAUUAGCAUAUUACGUUACUGUGUCAAUCAUUUAAAGGGCCAUAUGUACUGUAAAACGUUGUACGAUACAUGUGCGAAUAGGUAAUUCGCAACUCGUGUCGAUUUAAAACACUCCCUUCGGUCAUGUUUUAAUUUAUCGCCACUCAUUUUGAAUUUCCUAUUUUUCGCACUUGUAUCGUAAUGUACUAUUAUGCAACAGUUGUAUAAGAAGGGUCAAAAAAGGCGAGUGGCCUGAGUUACAAUGUGAGCCGGAGCCGAAGGCGUAGGCGAACAUUGUAAAGGAAUACGCCACGAGCAUUUUUUGACCUACUUAGACAACGUUGCAUACAAUAUUUUUCCUACGAGUCAACAAAAAUAAAUCUUAAUUUAGGUAAACAAAGCAAAAGUAUAUAGCCAAGACGCGCGAGCAUACCUUGUUACGCGCCCGGCCCGCCCGGGCCGCGGCCGGCCGGUUAGCGACACCUUCUCGUAACUCAUGAGGCCCUGGUACUUGCUACUUGCUAAAUUAAAUUUUUGGACAGUUUAUUCUCAAUUUUGGCCACCGUAGCCUACGGAGACUAACAAGCAACGCUAAGCGGUCUUCGUAGUCUAUGGGUGUUGCUAUAUUACAGGUGUCACAUGCGUGUUUCUGACUUAUGAAGUAACUAUACUAUGCUAUGCUAACUAUGCAACCAAAUGAAUAUUUUGUAAGUUGGCAGCAAUGCACUUAGUUUAAAAAUGUAUUCGUUUUGGUUUUGUUAGGUUGGUAGCCAUUAAUCGCAGUAACGUUAUAGCGAUUAAAAGCACAAGAGCUUUUAUGAGGAAUAGACAAUAUAGACUUUUCUUGAAACCUUUUAUGUAUGUUCUUAUAUUCGUGUUAAUGAAUGCUUAAAUGACAGAUAACAGUAGAGGAGUAGGAAAAAGCUUUAACUGAGUGACAACACUUUAAUUCGUAUUUCAAUUCAACUUACAAUGUUGUCUCAACGAUAUCGCUUUUUGACAAUAAAUACUGCCUGUUGCUGCAUAAGUAUUUCUUGGUAAUUUUAUAUAUUCUUGUCUAUAUUUACUUAUAGUGGUUGGUGAGAUAUUUACGUAGGUGUGUGCCUACUAAUAUCGCUUAAGAGGGGUAGAUCACCGAACUUUUUGAAAAAUAGGUAGUUAGCUGCUAGUAGCUACCGAUCUCACUACUUACCUAUUAUUAUUAAUUAAUUAGGUAUUCUUGGUCAUCACCGAAGAGCCAGAAUACUGCCCCUCGAGCCGGUUUAUUUAUUUAAACUUUAUUUCACAAAAAAAACUUAAUAUACAAAAGGCGAACUUAAUGCCAUGAGGCAUUCUCUACCAGUCAACCUUAGGGCAAAAAAAAAUAUUAUGCUCGCUCUAAGGAUGACUUACGAUAGAAACGGUCCGGAUCUGGGCCGAGGCGCCCGACAAUUCGUUUCCUAUUGCAACCAUCACGUGAUCUCGAUCACCCAUCAUAGAAAACGAAGUGUCAGACGUCGCGGCCCGGACUCGGACCGUUCUAGCGUGAGAUUCCUUUACAUAUAUAGAUGGUAGGAUGUGCUAUACGCGUGAGGGACAGAACAUACACAAUGCGACAAAAUUAAAAACACGUUUUAAUAUUUUUGACAACAUAUCCCAAAAAUAACCUACGUAAUUUGGUCGGCUUACUUGUUACCCACUAUAAACCGUACUAAACGGUUUACGGUGGGGAAUAAAAAAAUGAAACUGUGACAAGGACAAACAAUAACAGCGCUUUCUCUUCUACUCUUACUGAAACAUACAUAAGACUAUUCCGUUCAGUCAUUUCCCCCCAUUGCUCAUGCCUGAUCCUAGAUUCAUAUUCCUUUACCUUCGGGUAGCGUUAGAUAUCACGGAAUAAGUAGUAGGUAGAUAUACCAAUUCACUCACAAAUACUUUAUUUCCAAUCAUUCGGCGAUGUUAUAUGAAAGCAAAUGACAGCAACUGUUUUUACAAGAAACCUGUUUCUAUGACGAUUACUUGCAGGAAAUUACAGUUGCCUUAAAAAAACAUGUUUAGUUUCCCGCCGUACUACCGUCUGUGGAGACUACAGGCGACUCUCUAAAGUAAACAAAGUUGUAUAUCUUUGCUCGGUUUCUACUCGUACUUAUGCGUAACAGUCGUAGAAGCGUAGACAAGUAGCCUACUCUCCUCUGUUUACUUUGUAAAAUGACAAAGCUGCUGCUUACGAUCUAGAAAAAUGAUAGUCAUGUAUUAGGUAUAACUUUAAAAUUAAAAAUUACCUAAGGCUUGACAGUAAUUGUAGGUCCACUUUAUUUUUAUAUUCAGUAUACCAUACAUACCAUAAACCAUGACACCUUUUUAUACAUCGUCAAGCCGUUAUAGACCGCGAGCCAGGAACAGAUUUCCAUGACCAAUCCAUGGGCCAACUCCCCUAAAAACAACUGCUGUAUUACUUUUUCUGUGUCCUUUAUUGUGCAAAUAAUAUUUUUUUUACAUUCUUUUAAGGUCCUAGCAGAAUGGAAUAAAAAUGUAUUACGAGCAGGAGGAGGAAAAUCCUUGCGUUAUCAAGGACACUUACUACCGAUUGACUAAUUGCUGAAAGUUUACGAUAAAAAGCCCACUCGAAGUUGCAGUUAUAUAUACAUGCACAAUUCAAACAGUGUUUAUUCAAUUUGUGGCUCGCGACAUUCUUGGGGAUCCAACGUAUAGGGGGUCGCAAGGCUCGCAAGCCUAGAUACGUAAUAAACAAAAAGAAAAAAAAAUAACAAAGGAAACAACUUAGAGCAGGGGGUGGCGAAAAAUGAUUCAUGCCAAGGGUGGUCGCCAAAAGUUUUCUCAUGUCAAGGUUGCCGCGUCAUGAAAAAAUUUGAAAAUACUGAUUUUAAAAAUCUGAUGAAACAACGGAUCGCAUUUGACUAAGGCGCACGUUACGAAAACGUUCCAGCGCAUCUAUUGGAAUAGUCAAUAAGCGUGAACAUCCGAAGGGUAACGUAUUGGCUAUUGGCUCAUGCUGUAGUAUAUAAACGAAUUGGUUUACCGACGGGACAUCAUACUACAACUGCUGCUUUGAGGAACAAUUUGGUGAACCUGUGAAAAAGUCAACAUGCUUCACCACGUUACGAUUGUUUGCCUUCUGGGAGCCGUCCAUAGCGCACCGUCCGGCGGCAUCAUCAGCCAAGGCAUCGGUGUUGAGGUCGGCAGUGUGUCAAACCCGUCCUACGGCUUCAACUACGCCGUCAGCGACCCGCUGACCGGCGACAACAAGGCGCAGUCCGAGCAGCGCGAAGGCGGCGUCGUGAAGGGCUCCUACUCGCUGUCCGAGCCCGACGGCACCGUCCGCGUCGUGGACUACACCGCCGACCCCGUGACCGGCUUCAACGCCGUCGUCAAGCGCAUCGGCCCCGCCGCGCACCCCGCGCAGCUCGCCGUGGCGCCGGCCCCCGUCGUCAGCAAGGCUAUCAUCGAACCUGUUGUCCCCAUCGCGCCGAUCGGACUCAAAGGUCUCGGUCUUGAACUCGGCGGACUCGGUCUCGGACUGGGCGGUCUCGGUCUUAAAGGCGGUCUCGGCCUUGAAUACGCCGGACUCGGCUUAGACGUUCUAGACGCCGGCCUUUGGAAACACUAGUAUAUUUAUAAAUACUGUGUUUUCGCC